AUGUUUGAAUUUAAUGAGAUGAAUCGCCGCUCAGAGGCGCUGGAAGAUGCGAUCGACAGGCGUAUCUCUUCGAUGAAUGGCCUUAUUGAAGAUGGAGGUCGGGGUCAACAAAAUAAUGCCACGAAGCGUCCGCAGUUUGAAAAACUCGAUAGGGAGCUGACAGAGCAAUUUGGCGAACUGUCUUCCAUUUAUCAGCAGAUGUCCUCAUACGUUGAAGUGAAUCGCCAUGCCGAUUGGAUGAGCACCGCCCUGCAUCACAAAUUGCAGCGCCAUGCCGAUUGCAUUCGCGAUUUCCAAGUGCAGUACAAACGCGUCAGGGACACUGCCUCAGCCAUUCUCGACAGAGAAUUUCUUUUUGCGAAGAUCAAGGAGGACAAGUCUGAGCCGAAAAUGGGCGGGAAUCGAGCGUCGGCGCACGAUUAUUACCUGCAGGAAAGUACCCAUAUCUCAUUCACCGACCGGCUGCUGGAUGAGCAACUCGGCAUGGCCAACGCAACCAAGGAGAAUCUCACCCGACAGCGUUUGUCGAUGAACAAUAUUCGGGCACGAAUGUUUGAGAUUGCGCAGAAGUUCCCGAUGGUCAACAACGUCCUCCAAAAGAUCCAGCGCCGCAAACGCCAAGAUGCCGUUGUCCUUGGGCUUACAAUCUCGGUGUGCAUAUUCGUUCUCUACCUGUUCUGG